GGGGUAAUGAUGGAUGGCUAGUGCAUGGCCUCGAUUUCCGGUGGCCCCGCAAUUUGUGGAGGGGCCACGCGGGCGGCGCCGCGGCACCCUCCCGACUCUCCCACUUCGUGCUUGCUCGCUUCCCAUCAUCAUACAACGCACUCGCAUCAAGAAGAAGGACGAGAACGAUGUCAUUGAAACAGCAGCAGGUGCAGCAAGAUGGGAUCUACAGAUCUGCGGCAAAGUCCGUGGGGUCCUUCCCUGAAGACAUCGAUCUGUACAGCUUCAUGUUUGAAGACUUUCGUCCCUCGCGGCCCGACGUCCGCGGCACAGGUAUAAAGCUCUUUGUUGACGACGACACGGGCGAAGGCCUGACGUUCGAGGAGACAAAAGAGCGCACCGACUUUCUCUCCAUUGGUCUUUCGGAAGUGACGGGCGUGGCCAAGGACACUGUCGUUGCCGUUUUUUCUGCCAACACCCUCGACUAUGGCGUCAUGAUCUGGGCCACGCACCGGCUCGGAGGCAUCGUGUCAUGCGCCAACCCGGCGUUCCAGCCUAGCGAACUGUCCUACCAGCUGGAAGCAAGCAAGGCCACCGUUGUUUUUGUCAACGAGGGCGCUAAGCAGCAGGGUUACGACGCCGCUGAAAAGGCCAAGAUUCCCAGGAGCAGGGUCGUUGUCGUCCAGGACCCGGUUCAGAUCCGCAAGCAUGCGAAGGACAAUGGGGGGAAAAUCCAGAGAAAAAUCGACGGCGAUGCGUGGACACUCUCUGGCCUCGUCGAGCACGGCAAGGAGGCUGUCGCAAAGAAAGGUCGACAAACGACUCUCGACAAGACGCGGGCAAAGAUGUCACCGGGCGAGGCAAAGAACAAACUCGCUUUUCUGUCAUUCAGCAGUGGCACUACUGGCUUGCCAAAAGGUGUCGCCAUUCAGCACUCUGCCCCCGUCGCCAACAUUCUCCAGUACCUCGUCUUCAACGAGCUGUCUAACAAGCUCGGCGAAAAAAAGGGCCGUUAUCGACCGGGAGUCGAUGUCGUUCUGGGGGUUCUUCCCUUCUUCCACAUCUACGGAUUGGUGCUCAUCCUUCACGCCCAAUUCUGGGCCGGAAUUCAGAACGUCGUCAUUCCCAAAUUCAAAGGCAUUGGCCCGAUGCUCGAGUCCGUCGUCAAAUAUGGCAUCUCUAUCUGGCCGUUGGUGCCGCCCCAGGUGGUGUUGUUCUGCAAGUCCGAUGAUGCCAGACCUUAUCACGAAAAAGUCAGAGGCAUCGUUCAUUUUGUCAUGGUGGGCGCUGCGCCCCUCUCCGACGAUCUCAGCCGGCAAUUCGAGAAGCUGCUACCCAACGUCGACUGGGGUCAAGGCUACGGAAUGACCGAGACUUGUACAUUAACACUGAUGCACCCUUUGCGAAUGCGGUGCGUCGAAGGUAGCGCCGGCCGACUCGUGUCCGACACGGAGGCCCGUAUCGUGUCGCCCGACGGCAAAGACUGCGGCAUUGAUGAGCCGGGCGAGCUAUGGAUCAGGGGACCCCAAAAUACCCUUGGCUAUAGCAAUAAUCAGCAGGCGACAAACGAAAUGUUUCUCGAGGGCAAUUGGGUCAGAACUGGUGAUGAAGUCAAGAUCAACAGCGACGGAGACUUUUUCGUCGUCGACAGGCUCAAGGAGCUCAUCAAGGUUAAAGGCUUCCAAGUGGCUCCCGCCGAGCUUGAGGGAUGGUUACUCAACCAUCCAGACGUAUCCGACUCUUGCGUCAUUGGAGUACCAGACGAAUCGUCGGGCGAGCGCCCGCUGGCUUACAUUUCCCUCUCCAGCGAGGCGAGGCAGAGACUCAAGGGUGCCAGCGAAACAGAGGAACAAAAGCUCAAGAGCAGCGUCAUGAAGCACGUCUCCGAUCACAAAAUUCGGUACAAGCACCUGAAAGGUGUUGAGAUCAUCGAUGCGAUCCCGAAGACGCCCAGCGGAAAGAUCUUGAGAAGGACACUACGAGAAGAAGCAAAGAAGCUGAAGUCGUCUUCUGAUGGCAAAGGCAGUAAACUUUGAGGGAACGAGGUGUUCUUCAGUUCCUUUGCUCCUUCGUUACUGACAUGUCCAAGACCAAAUCUUACGGUAGUCUAAACCGAAGCUUGUAAAAUUCACGUGGGCCUCCGCGUCCUACGCGGAUAAUCCUGAAAGCUGCACCUUCUCUUCAGUGUCUGCGAGCGAGUGUCGACGAUUAGCAACGAUUUAACAAGCAAAGUGGAUCGUAUGAUAUGUGAAUGCUCCUGAAAAUAGUAGGACGAGGAGGUCCUCUGUCAU